AAUACGAUUCCUUCAUUUCAUGUCUUCCUUUCAUUGUUAUAGGAUCGAUGCCUUUGUCAUGUUGUUUACAUCUUUCUGUACCUGUCCUGCAUCGCGUUCUAAUCUGCAGACUGCUUGUGCAAAUUGCAGAUGAGCUCAUCGCAAAUGCGGCUUACAUUGGCACCCCAGGAAAGGGGAUUCUGGCUGCCGAUGAGUCCACCGGCACAAUUGGGAAGCGUUUGGCCAGCAUCAAUGUUGAGAAUGUCGAAUCCAACAGGCGCGCUCUUCGUGAACUCCUCUUCACCGCCCCUGGUGUACUCGAGUGCCUCAGCGGUGUCAUCUUGUUCGAGGAAACCCUCUACCAAAAGACAGCCUCAGGAAAACCUUUCGUCGAUGUGCUGAAGGAAGGAGGCGUCCUUCCUGGCAUCAAGGUGGACAAAGGCACUGUUGAACUUGCAGGUACUAAUGGUGAAACAACCACUCAGGGUCUGGAUGACAUGGGUCAGCGCUGCAAAAAGUACUACGAAGCCGGUGCUCGCUUUGCCAAAUGGCGCGCCGUCCUCAAAAUUGGCCCCAACGAGCCCUCUCCGCUGGCCAUCCAUGAAAAUGCCUAUGGCUUGGCACGCUAUGCGGUCAUAUGCCAGGAGAACGGUCUGGUCCCCAUUGUAGAGCCCGAGAUCCUUGUGGAUGGACCCCAUGACAUCCACAAGUGUGCUGAUGUCACCGAGCGCGUCCUCGCUGCUUGCUACAAGGCCUUGAAUGAUCAUCAUGUGCUGCUCGAAGGCACCCUGUUGAAGCCAAACAUGGUGACCCCCGGAUCGGAUUCCCCAAGGGUUGCCCCUGAGGUGAUUGCUGAGCACACUGUUAGAGCUUUGCUGCGAACUGUUCCUGCUGCCGUCCCCGCCGUGGUUUUCUUGUCCGGCGGGCAGAGUGAGGAGGAGGCCACCGUCAACCUCAAUGCCAUGAACAAGCUCAAGGGGAAGAAGCCGUGGUCUCUGUCGUUCUCUUACGGAAGGGCGCUUCAGCAGAGCACUAUCAAGGCAUGGGCUGGCAAAGAGGAGAACGUUUCCAAGGCCCAGGCUGCUUUGUUGGUGAGGUGUAAGGCUAACUCAGAAGCAACUCUGGGAACUUACAAAGGUGAUGCCACACUCGGUGAGGGUGCCUCAGAGUCGCUCCAUGUCAAGGAUUACAAAUAUUAAGCGGUGUGAGGUUAUGAUUUGCACUUGUUUUUGGAGUAAUUAUUUCUUUCGGCAUCAGGGCUUCGAUGUCGUGUAGGAUGAUUUAAAACAAAAUGAUAAUAAUCUGAGAAUAAUAGCUUCAGCUGUAUCGACUUCGAUAUCUUACCCUUUUUCAGUUUCCUUUUGGAUCUCCCUUUGAUUAGAGAGUGAUGCUGCUAUAUUUUGUACAACUGAAAUCUGAAUCAGAUGGACUCAUGUCGUUGAAUGCAGAUUAUUGAACUUA